CAAUGAGCUCAUCUGCUAGUGGACAAAAGAAGCGAGGUCCCGUAUGUAUGGCAGCUCUGCCCAAGACGACGGAGACGACGAGCGAGCACGGCACUUUCGCCGCGACAAAACCGUCGCACUCGAGUGCAAACGACAGCACAUCGUCACGAAAGAAAGCGCCAGUGCGCGAGAGCCGCAGUCCGAGCAGACGUCAGCGUGCGAGUCCUGCACCUCAGAGGAAAAGUCCGAGAUUGACGAAACGAACGAAGACGGGCGCCGCCGAACACGCUCCACACGACGACGCCAUCCUCAACGGUAGAUUCACAGCUGAAACAAAACGCACUGGGAAACGAGAAUCAGCAGGAAGGGAAGUCGACAUUGCAAACCACGAGACGAAAAGUGACAAGAAAGAAUCACAACCGACAUGCAACGACAAGACGAAUGAGGCAGCUAAAAGUGUUUACCCCUGCCUCGUGUACACACGGGAUGAGUUGAUGAAAUUGAGGAAAAACGAAAUUUCAAAGAGAAAGCAUGCAGACUUGGACGAGAGAUACUUUGUAGGAAACAAGUGGAAUCCUGAUUUGUGGCAUCAAUCGUUUGGCUCGGGUGCAUCGGAUAAACAACAGAAGAAAAGUGAAUCAGACGUGUCAAAGUUUGAAGAUCAAAAGAGAGGCCAUCAGGAAGACAACGAGGAAAGCAGCAACCACCACCACCACAACAACAACGACUCGAGUGUUGAUCUGCGACCUCAUAUGGGUAAGAGUCAUGCGUUUCGUUCCACUCAUCGAACAGGAUACGAGAACGACACCAGAUUAGAGUGGAGGAAGGGAAAACAAAGUGUUGAGAGUGACGGAUGGGAAAGCAAGAGGAAUGUGAGGAAAGACGUAGAUGAUGCAGACUGGCAGUUAGACAACAAACGAAGACCAAGACUGAACAGUUAUUCAAAGCCUCUUGACUUACAUCAACACAAAGAGUGGAGUGAUGAGGAGGAACCGGAAUGGAUGACACACGGACCAACCAGUCAACUGGAGUUCAUUGAGCUGCGAGGGUUUGACGACGAAGACGAACGAAGGCAAAUGGUCGACAGCAAAGAAGAGAAAAAAAUUGAAGACAAACACAAGCGGCAAGAGAACAAGAAGAACAGAGAGAAGGAGAUUGAAUUACGUAUGAAAGACGGAGCUGAAACGAGUAGAACUGCAAUGACAGAAACCAGCAGGUUUGAUUUCAAUGACUUCCUCAAGUCUGCAACAAUGUUUGCAAAUACUGAAGAACCUCCAACAGACACAUCCGUCAACAGUGGACGUAAUUCAUCCCGUUUCCAACAGUAUUUCUCUAUGUCGGAACAGUCUAAGGGUUAUGGUGACCCCCUGGCCAACCGUGUGCCUUCCUCUCACACGAAUCACAAAGAACUUGCUCCUGGUGUUGCUGCUCUCUUUCAGUCUGCCAACUGUUCGGCUCGAGAAAUUCCUCUGUUGGCUCUAACUGAAGACGAGUUUAGACAGAGUAGCAAGGAGGUUGAUCCUGCUGUAUUGCAGAUGUUUAAUGAAAUGGAUGUAGCAGGUAAUGUGAAACAGAAUGAGAAUAUGGUGAGUGAGGAGCAGAUGAGCAACAUGAGGGAGAGACAUACUGUUUUACAUGAAGAGGAGGAGUUGCAAGGGAGUCCUACUGGAGAUGGUGAAGUGGAAACGAGGGCUGAAAACAAGAUGAGUCCACAGCCACGAGUGCCAGUAGCUUUCCUUCCAACAGCCGUCAUUAGGAAAAUGCACAAUGAUGGGCAACUGCAAGUGAGACAAUCUGGUCUUGUAAAUGACAAAAUUAAGUCUGCAAGUCAUCAAACAAAGACUUCCAACUCUCCAUCUCCCACGUCCCUCUCCAAUCUCUCCAGUUCUGCUCAAUUUCGCGUCCUUCAAGAACACCAAAUGAGGCAGCAAGAGUUGCUAUGGCAACAGCAACGUGCACGACAACAGUUCAUCCGUCAGAGACAGAUCCUUCAUGAACAACAAAUCGGAAGACAAAGAGAACUCCAGAGACAAGCGUUGCUGGAGGCCGAGAUGAGAAGGAGACAGGCCCAGCUUCUUACGCUCAGAAAAUUUGCCAUAGACAGAGGAUUACCCCUCGAUAUGGACCCUCAUCUUGUCUACCAGCUCUUUCAACAAUACCAUGUGAAAAUGCGAGCAUUACAACUAAGGCAGAUGCAACAACAGCAACAGCAAAGGAACCAGUUGCCUGCAAACGGGACCGGCUUAUCCAGGUAUGCUUCACAGGCUACUGCUGCAGCACAGCAGAUGGGAAGGAUAGGAUCGAGGGUGUUGGGUAGUGGACAGUCUGCAGCGAUUCCUGGUGCCGUGGGAAGGGAGCAUCAUGUAAAGAUAGCUGAUCAGACGAGUGGAAUGACGUCUCCCGGUCGAACGUCACCAGUGUCGUUCACUGGGACGCCACCUCCAUCUCUCCGUCCCAUCCCACAUCAUCCACGAGUGACAUACGAGCAGCUCUUGGCAGCACAAAGACCAAGACUCAUACAACAGCAAAUGACAGACCCUGACUAUCCUCCUGCUGGUGGUCUGGCAAAAUGGUUAGCUCAGCAACCGGCGCCAAACUCAAUAGACAGCGCGAAGACUUUGGAUCAGAUGCUUUCGGUUGAAGAGCUAGAACAGAAGCAAACCGACUGAGCGUCGACUCAGACCGAGUAGUAGCAUACAGGGAUGGCAUGUGUGUACGUGUGUGUUGACUUGUUGCGUUGUAGUGCUAGCUCUUUACCAUGUGUACAGUCCGAGAUGUGACACGCCCACGCAUACCUCCUUGGUUGUGUAAACAAGAGGCAUUCUACAUACGA